GGAAAAUCUGUCAAAAUUUUCAAUUCUCCUGGAACAUCGCAUUUAAUUUUUCUCGUAUCCUUCCCUUCUGCACUUACAAGAAGCUGCUAAGAGGAAAACGAAUAUCCCGUGCAAUAUCGUCCAACGACACAUCGAAGCGAAUUUUGCCCAGCUAUUUGCGUGGUUUUUCACGCGAAAAGAAGGUGAAAAAAGUGUCCCCAUGUUAAAAUGAUAAGAGUAGUGAAAAAGUGAUUGUGGGUGUUGUUUAUCGCAUUUUAGUCUCUCUAUUUAGAAAAAUAAAUUCGCCGCGGAGGCGAUCUGUGUUGUCGAGAUCAAAUCCGCUUCUAAUCUCCGGGAGUACGGGCUCCUGGAGCAUCAUUUUUUCUUUGCUAAGUGGAAAAGAAAAGGCGUCAAAAUAGCAGCCAAGGCGUUGAAACUGGGCGCUAUGCCAGAGCAGAGCAAUGACUACAGGGUGGUUGUGUUCGGUGCUGGUGGUGUUGGGAAGUCCUCACUGGUUAUCCGCUUCAUAACGGGUAGCUUUCGUGACUCCUACAUCCCCACAAUAGAGGACACAUACCGCCAGGUAAUCAGUUGCAAUAAAAACAUUUGCACACUUCAAAUCACCGACACAACUGGUUCUCAUCAAUUCCCGGCUAUGCAGAGACUCUCAAUCACAAAGGGUCAUGCUUUCAUUCUCGUGUACUCCGUGUGUUCGAAGCAGAGUUUGGAGGAAUUGCGUCCAAUUUGGAGUCUUAUCAAAGAACUAAAGCCAAACAUUAGUGAAAUACCGGUAAUGCUAGUUGGCAACAAAUGCGACGAAAGUGCUGAGUUGCGUGAAGUAUCAACAUCAGAGGGAUCCACGGAAGCCUCACUGAUGGGCGUAUCAUUUAUGGAGACAUCAGCAAAAACAAAUCACAAUGUUACAGAGCUAUUUCAGGAACUGCUAAAUAUGGAGAAGAACAGAAGUGUUUCCCUGCAGUUAGAUGGUAAGAAAAAUAAAAAGUCCAAACCGAAGAAAAAUAAGGAUGUAUCGAAUGGAACCAUAACUCAGGAGGGUGGUGAGGGUAGUAGUGGGAAUGGAAAAGAAAAGUGUCAUGUAAUGUAAAAUGGAAUCUUAUUAGGUGAAUUUUUUGUGGACGGAUAUAAGAAUGAGAGGAAUCUCAAGAACUUUUUUUCAAUCGUAAAUUUCUCUCCCUUUUUCCAAUUUAAUCAAUCUCUAAAAUGAUAAACAAAAAAAAACACACAAAAAGGGUAUAUUUUAUUAUUGACUUUUAUUCUUAAACUAGUUGUAAUCUGAUUAUAUAUUAUAAUGUAAAUAUUUAUCCAAAAUGUAUAUGACUUGAACUUUGAUGUAUAUAAUAAUGUCUUUGAGGAAAAAAAAUGAUUUGUGACCUUUUUAUCUUCAAUACUUUCACAAAUUUAUAAGUAAUGACAUUAACAAUUUUCAAACAAAAGACAAAACAAUAACGUUAACCGAGGAUUUGUAUACUUUCUUCUAUAAACAAAAAUAUAAAUAUAAAAUAUGUAAGUAAAAUUUUCUUUUCCAACAAUUCCGCAGACGAUCUGUGAAAAUUGAAUCGAACUUUAAACAAUAUUGUGUUUUUUAUUAGCAAUGAAAGUGCGGGUACGAGAUAGGAGAAAAUGCUAAUUGUGCAGGAUGUGGUGUUGCAUCUAUAAAUAAAACAAAAAGUUUAUCAUAAUUCCAAUUCGUAGCACAAUGAAAAGAUUUUACAUGAAAAAAAAAACAAACAAAAAAAUACUGCAACUUUUCGUUUAUCGAAAUGUUAAUAUCGUUACACGGUAGUAUACAUACAUAUAUAGUUGAUACAAUCUCAAUAAAUCUUUGUGAGCUAAAACGAUAAAAUUCACGAAGAAAUUAUAUUUUAUCCAGAAUUUAUACAGAAAAAAAAUCAUAUAGCAAUGCUCUGGGGUGGUAUGUAAAUUAAUAUUGCGAUAUUUUUGUGCAUAUACCCUACAUGAAUUUUUUUCUGCCUUUUUAUGCUCAUAAAAUCAUUAACAAGGUUUUUAUUUAUAAUUUUGAGAAGAGAGAACAAAGACGAAUUUUAAAAUUCUGUAUAUGCACCAAAAAUAUCGCAAUAUAAAUGGUACGCUCCUGAUAUAUUUUUUGGGUUGAUUUUGAAAAAAUCACAUAUCAUCCAGAAACAACUAUACAUAUUGCAUUAAAAAAUGGAAAAUUAUGAAUCCGAAUUAAAAAAAAGAGAGUGAGAGAACAGGGGCGUAAAAAUGUAGUAAAAGAAUUGGUAUAUACAUAUAUUUUCUUAUUUAAAAUUUAAAUGUCCUCAAGUGUAAACUCCUUUUAGUUGGUGAUAAAAAUUACAACACCAUUAAAUGCUUUUAUCAUAGAUCUUAUAAAAGUAAAUAAAAAUUCCAAUCACAAAAUAAUGGGAACAAUUUUUUAAAUUAAUUUAUAUAUUAGUUGUAUAUAAUAUGAACUUUUAGAAUCUGGCAGCUUCUGCAGUUGAGUUUUAUUGACCUAAGUUAAGUGAAAAAAAAAUGAAUUCCCCAAAACUAAAUACAAUUGAAAGUUGGCAUGUUGUUCCUACAUUUUCUUUAGAUGACCCAAUUUUCUGUUGACUGCUUGUAAAAAAAAAUCUCUUUAAAUUGAUAUUUGUAUUUUCUAAAUUCGCAAAAAAUAACGUGUCAUGCAAUGUAAUCAAUUUCAAACUUAAAAAUGGAUUUAUUGGUUAUAAUUGGGUGUUUUUAAAAACUCCAACUUCAACCCUUUCACCAAUAAAUCAUGCGGUGUCGAGUCACGCGAACUUGGUGCAAAUAGUUUUACUUUUAUUUUCGUGAUGUGAAAAUUGAUUCUGACAAUAAUUCCGCAAUUUAUAUAAAGAAAAUUAGGCUCCAAUUUUCUUUUAAUCACACCCAACAAGUUAUUGAACACUAUUUUUGAGACUUCUACUAAUUAAUUCCAAAUGUUCCAAAUGUAAUGUUUCCAAAUUAGAUUCCCGAAUUCUCUGGAAAUAGCCGUAUAUUACGGGAAAAAAUGUAGAUUUUUUUAAAUUAAUUUUUCUUAAGAAAAUAAUGUAAAGAUAAAAACACAAAAAAUUAAAUUUUACCAGUGAAUCAAUAACUAAAAUAGCAUAAUGAUAGCAACUACGCGUUAAAAAAAAAUAAAUUUUGGGCUUGUAGUGAAAGAGAAAAAAUACGAUUUGAAUGAACAUUAAUAAAAUAAAAUAGAUCAUUUUCAGAAUAUGAAUUAAUUAAAUUAGAUUUAAAAGUCAUUAAAAAUCAUUCUUAAACAAAAUAGACGAAUGCAGCAUUGAAAAAUUAAAAAAAAUAUAUUCAAGGAAAAACUGCUUAUAAUUGUAUUUGACUUCUUAUAUAAAAAAAUUUAAUAAAGGUAGUAAGUAAAAAAAUAGAUAAGACAAAAAGUAAGAAUAGAGAAAAAACAUCGGCUGAGAAAGAAGUAAGAAAAAAAAUUGACAAUAGUUCAUUAGUUUAUCGUAUUAUAUAGUUGCUGUAUUGUUAGAAAACACUAAACCACCUACAACUCGGAAAUUUAAUCAUUUUUCUUCAACAUUUUCCUUUAUACACACAAACAAUAUAAUUCCUUUUAUUUCAUUUCACAAAUUGGAACGAAUUAACAAUCCAGACGAAAAACUUUUCUCUAAAUGAUUUUUAUAUGAAUAUUUUAAAGCUCUCAAUUGGAAAUAUUUAGGUGCUUUUCUAUUAUUAUUUGUGCAUUGUACAUUAUUAAAAAAAAAAGAAAUGGAAAGAAAACAUGAUGUUAAAAAGCUUUAACGUUAAAAUUGAAUAUUAAAAAAAAUGUUACAGUAUCAUCUGAAGCAAAUAUAAAAUGGUUUGCCUUAAUAAAAAAAUUGUUACCAUGUUGCUUUCUCAGCAGAAAGUGACGAGUUUAAAGUGAAAAAAAAAUAUGGAGUUGUUAGAACAUGGUCAAGUUCACAAGCGAUUUAUUGUCGAGAAAAAAAAUUUAAAUUCAACUUGUUAUUUUCAUCAGGAGAAAGAUUGUAAAAUAAAUCGAAUUAGACUCAAUGAAGCCGAAUACAUAAUAAUAGAAAAAAUAAUCCAACGUCUUUGAAUGCAUUUUAUUGCAGUUAUUAAAAGAAAUCUUAAUAAAAAAAAUGGAUAGUAGGUACACAGCAUAAUUUCUAUGAACAACAAAGAUAAAGAUUAUGUGGAAAAAUUAUUUCGUGAAGGAAUUAAGCUUUUUUAUGAAAUGACAUUGAUGUUUGCGAACAACGAAUUACUUACACUAGCGAAGAGAACUUCAAGAAUUUAUGAAAACGAAGAAGAUUAAAAAAGUGAAAUAUGAUAGUUACCAAAAACUUUCCUAUUUAUUUAAAUGUUGCUGAUUGUUUCUUUUGUAUAGCGAAUCUUGGAAUGUAUAACUUUUGUAAUCUAUUUAUGAUUUUCAGAGGAAAAAAAGAUGAUAAUGGUACACUGAAACACGUGAACAGAUACACCAAAAUUACUGUUAAAUAUAAAUCAAGUAUUAUUAUAUAUACACAAUUAUAAUCCAUUUUACUUCAAUAAAGUUGUAAAAAAAA